GCACAAACAACAUUGGACUGUACUUAGAUAUCAGGAAUUGAUCAUUCAUCAAAUCAAAUCUGUUUUUGUGACACAAUGAAAUUACUGAGCUGCAUUUCAUUUUUAACACUGAUAGCAUAUAUCUCAGCGGUCCCGCAACCAGACACAAACAUCCAAAUACAACAUUACGAUGGCCCGGUCUACCUCGGUACUCCACCACCCAACUGCUGUCCCUUCUGUAACUCUAUACUUAAACCAGAGGGAAAAGAAUGCGAAACACCAGAAAUCUGUCCUCAAGUCUAUGGAAACACCUAUGAUAACGAACCUUAUGGAAUAACUGUAUCUUUAGAUGCAAAAGACCAAUGUGAAAAUGAUAAAACAGCGCUUGGUAAGAUCAAUUUGGGGGCACAAAACUGUAAAUCUAUGCUACAUACAUCAAUUCCUAAUAUUCCAGUGACUUAUAAAUAUGGAACAGGGAUUGAAAAUACUUGGUCACCGUAUGGAGCUUCUCCGUUGUCGAAUUACCUUCCUAUAAACACAGCGUGCCAAAAUACUUGUCAAGUACCGAUACUCGCGUACGGUAACAGUGGUACGAGUAACAAUGAGGAGCCGGUACUUGUUCCGCAGAAGUUUAUGUACUCGUUGAUACUCGAUGGAGAGGUUGGUAAAAAUCAGAAUGGGUGUGAUAGCAGGUUGUACUAUUAUUGAUUUUGUUAAGAAUAGGGGAUAUUACUGCAAUGUUCUGCCACCAGAGUGCAGCACUAUAGCCUUUUUAGUGAACCAUAGAGUAACAUACAUACUGUGCCUUUAACAGGUUUUUGACAAGUUUUCAGAGAUAAUAAAAUAUGAAAUUGAUGCAUCAAAGCAGUUUGUUUACAGAGGACCUACCGGGAAACGCGAAUCCGAAAUUUCGCUAUCUGCCUCUUUAUCGCUCGAAUACGCAAGAGUGACAAAGAUGUUAGAUAACGAAAUUUCGCGGUAGACCCUCAGAUUGUGGUACUGGCGCAAGCUACGCAGAAUUACGUGUAAUAUCCCCCAUUAAUUCAUUGUUAUUUUUUGCUUGCUUAGAGUUCCAAUUUACUUUAAGGAUAUCAUAUAAAGCGUGGAUUGCGUGUUGCUUAUUAAAAUGACGAUCAUAAU